UAUCGGAAGCAAUUCAGGGUUGCACAGCUCUGCAUUACAUGACCUGUGUUCAAUAAGUGGCAAGCAAACCUUCGCUUUCACUGUCCUCUUCGUCCUAAAAUGACAAAUAGUCCACCAUGUAUGCUGUAAUGGUGCACGUUUUCCGUCGUGGGACGUCAACGUUAAUUCGUAACACAGCUGCCACCAUGAGCCAGAUGAGCAUGCGCGCACUGUCUGUGAGCCAUCACAUGCUGGCCAAGCCGGAUAAACCUAAAGACGACCAGGAGGUGAAUAAUGAGCCCAUUAGGUUCUCCACCAGCAAGGCCAGUCCCAGGACUUGGAAUGUCAACCGCUCUAUGGGGGAUCACUAUGAGCGGCCAUGGUGGAAAGUCCUCCCCCUCAGUGCUGCUGUGGCCAUCUUCUUAUUGUGGUGUUUCUUGAGAGGGGAGGCGAACAUCGAUGAACAGCUGGAGCAGGAACUUUACCAGAAUUUACCUGGAUUGCUCCCAGAUGAAGAUGAGAAGUAAAGUUAUAUCUGUGCUUAAAGGUUUUGCCUUGACUAAAUGGGUUGUCAAUAGUCUUGACUCAAUUAUCCAACUUUAUUUAUAUAGCCUUUAAUCACAAAUGUCUCAACGGGCUUUCAAACCCAUGUUUUCCUUCUACGUUUUUUUGCAAUGUAACAUCUGCAGGUUACUUGAAAUAUGUUUUUGUAAUGCAAACAGUUCAGAGUUUAAUAAAAUGGAACACAAUGAGGUAGUGGAAAUUUUAUUUACAAGAAAGGGCUCCCAUGGCAUGCACAGGAUGAAUUACUAGAGCCCCGAGAAAGGCAGGUAAGAGUCUAUAGAUGGAGAGAAGUGAACAGUAAAGUGAAAGUAAAAACAACAACAACUGAACUACACAUGCGGAUAAUGAUGCACAAUUUACAAAACAAAACCAGUCAGUCAAUCUUACCCCAACCGACCCCCUACACAAUAAAAAAGAAAA